GCCUUUUGGCAUUCACACCUGUCACGACAGUCUGAUAUCUGGAAGUUUGCGGAGUACCUACCGCUGGAGAAAUGCCUGCCUGGCCUUCUCGACAUCGUGGGCAAAGUCUAUGGUGUCACUUUCCGGGAGGCCACCGGUUCUGGGUUCUUCUCAAGACUUCCCGGUGGCUGGCACACCUCGUUGAAGAUUUUUGAGGUCGUCGAUGGGGCACCGCGUCCUGCUGGAGUUAAACGUGAUCCCGGCAGGGGGAGGUUGGGCUAUGUGUACUUGGACCUCUACGCAAGGAGGAUGUCCAUGCUGGGCCAAGAAGCUGUGGAGCAGCCUGGGGCGGCAAGCCUUUGUCCUGGUCACGCAUACGUGAGCUGCAACAUGUUCAGGCCGCCUCUGGGCCGGAGCAAGCUGAUGAACGUGGAGGAAGCUGUGGCCCUUGCCCACGAACUCGGUCAUGCAAUACAUAUGCUAUGCCACCCGGGGUCUCCUUGUGAUUUUAGCGACAUGCCUCUGGACUUGAUUGAACUGCCCUCCACGUUGGUGGAAACCAUCGUUCUCCAGCCGCAGAGCUUGGCAAAGUACACAUGUCACUACAAUUCCAAUCGCCCCGCUCCUGAGUCCUUGAUCCGUUCAUGCCAGCGUAACCAACGCUUCUUCAUCAACGCUUUGCAGAAUGCAAGUGUUUCGCUGGGAGUGCAUGCCGAGGCAUUCGAUCCCUUCAAGGCGACCCCGGCUGAUCUUCGAGCUGAGGCGGUGUCUUUGUGGCAGCGCUAUUCCCUGGUGCCAGCAGAUCCUGCCUUCCAUCCAUUCGGCACCGAUGCUGGCGUGCACGUAUCAGCGGGCGGAAAUCAGGUAGCAUACCUUCUUUGCUAUUUGCGUGUUGCGGGCAUUCUGCAAGCGAAUAAUGGGAGGAAAGAUGGAGAUGCUGUUUGGCUGCAGCCAGACUUUCCGAAGCGCAUUCGUGGGCAGCUGUUGGACCAGGACUUCGCUUCGAAGGGAUGGGCCUCCCGGUUUCCAGCGAAAGCUGGGGGUCAGCUGCGCCCACAUCCGCUUCCUCCGCUGCCGAAGGACACCUCCGCUCUUCUCCGGCUAGAAGUGGGAAGUGCCAUAGAAUCACCCAAGCCUAGUCAGUUCACUCCACAUGAAGUGGCUCGCAAUGCGGGCAUUGUGAUCCGCUAUGGUUACUCAACUGAAUUACAAACCACCCAGAAACUGCCAUCCUACUCCCGCCGCGUGUUUUCGGCCAUGGCGCCCAGCAGAGGACCGUUGGAGGAAGCAAUGAAGGCCAAGCUCCGACAGAUGCAGGUGGCACGGGAUGCUGAUCUCGGUCGCCUACAGGAACAGCUCUCCGCCAAUCUGGCAACAGUCCAGAAUCGCGAUGAGGAGCUGAUGGCGGCAGAGGCCCGGUUGCAAGCCUGGUCUGCAGAGGCUGCACAGCUGAGGACCUCUGCGCAGGGCGAAGCGCAGCUUCGAGCAAGCUGCGAGCGGCAAUCUGCCGUCUUAAGAUCGAAGCUGGAGCAGGCUUCGGCUUCACAUUCUCAGCUGGAGACGCAGCUCCGCGAACUCCAGACCGAAUUGAACGAGGAGGCUACCGCAGCGCAGCGGUACAAAGACUGCAACAGCACAUUGGAAGAAGAGUUGAAGCAGGCACAAGCUUCUGCAGCAAAGUCGGCUAUGACUUGCGUGGAGUUGGAGGAAGAGUUGCUCUCGAUUCGGCAGGAGGAAGCACAAACCUCUGCAGCCUGCCGGCAGCAACAUGAAGCUUCUCAGCAAUACCAGCUGGAAAUGAAGCAGCUGCAGGAAGCCCUUUCGUCGGCUGAGCAUCGCGAGGCUCUUCUCCGACAGAACGAGGAGACUGCUCAGCGCGAGAAAGAG